ACACCCCCACGCGACGCCGUUUCCGCCAAAAUGCUCACCGAGCAAUUCAUCGCGUCGAUUUCUGCCCAGACGAAAGCAAACACGGGCGUGACCAAGGACGCGGGUAUUUUUGUGCACGAGUUCCAGCCGCUGGCCGCUCAGCGCCACGUCUUCAAGAAGAGCGCAUCGGCGCAGAACGGGCUUGCCGUGAGCAGCUCGCAUGUCUUUGCGGCGCAGGAUGGAAAGGCCGUCGUCCAUGUGUACAGCCGGGACAAGGGCAACCAGGAGGCGGUGAUCCCGUUUCCAGAGCGCAUACGCAGCAUUGCGCUCGCGGCCAAAGACUCGGUGCUGCUGCUGGGCACCGAGAGUGGCAGAGUGUUGGCUUGGGAGAUGUGCUCCGGACGCCUGGUGUCGACGUCCACCUCACAUCUCCAGCCCGUCACCGCCCUGGCCGUCGACCCCACCUCUAGCUUCUUCCUGUCCGGCUCGCCAGAUGCCAUGAUUCACGUCUGGGCCCUUCCAGCCAUCCUUUCCUUCUCGCCCGACACAUCGCGCUCGCCUGUGCAUACUCUUUCCACCCAUCGCGGCCCGAUUUCGUCCAUCGUCUGCGGCCACAGCGCUACCAGUGCCAACAUCGCCAUAUCCACGUCCGAGGACAAGUCGGCUAUAGUAUGGGACUACCAGAAUGGACAGUUGUUGCGAACGUACUUGCUCCCCGAGCUACCUCAGGCUCUGACCCUCGAUCCCGCCGACCGUGCUUUUUUCCUAGCAUACGGAGAUGGCAGUCUGCAGACGGUCGACUUCUACGACGAUAUGCAGAAAACUGCUUCAACCGACACACUCCGAGAUGCAGCCUCGUCUCACCGUCCCAUACAACCUUCGCCUAAGACAAGGUUCAAUGCUGAAUCACAGAAACUGGGCGCGGCUUUAUCUUUGAGUUUAAGCUGGGAUGGGCAGACACUAAUCUCAGGACACGCAACUGGAAAGAUUGCUGUGUGGGAUACUGCGAAGGGCAACUAUGUAUCGACCGUGACAAAUCUGCCUGGGCCUGUGACGAACCUGGAGUUUCUUGAACCAAUCGGGUUCCCCGCUGCUUCAGAGCCAACGUUCAAGAUGCAGACUGUGGUAAAGCCCAAGCAAGACAGCGGAGUAUCUAGCGGCAACGCCCUUGUCCCGCCAAACUACACAUUGACUAUGCAACUCAACGGCCAGCUACGAAGGCCAGCUAUAUCCGCAACGGAAGCAGUGACCAAGAGGAGCGCUUUUGAGGAAGCUCUGGUACAUCCUAGCUUUCCACAGGCUAUGCUUGACGCCAGUCUCGCUGAGCUUGCGACAUGGAAUGCUCCAUCGACGUCAGGAGCAGGAAUAGCUCCCGCUGCCGACUUCCUUUCCUUGGAGGAUACCGCCGGGACCGGAGACAUGCAGGGUAUGUCGAACACAAAUGAGGUCCAAGAAUUAAAGAAGCAGCUUGCCAGUCUCCAGCGUGUACAGAAACUCACUUUCAAACAGCUAUCGGAGUUGCGAGAGGAAAAAGAAUACCUACUCAGCGAGGAACGGAAGCGCUCGCAGAGUGCGCAGAGCAAAGCCAAGGCGAAGAACAAUCUCGCGGACGGAAGCACCAGCGACGUGGAAAUGAGCAACAACACCUCAGGCGAGUCAGAAUCUUCGGAUGACGACUCCUCUUCCGAUGGCGAAUCUGAAGCCGCUCCUUCGGAAUGAGGUGGUCCCGGCAAAGGGUCAAGCGUACUGUUCCUGCGGCUUGGUACGAGUCUGCCCACCCCCAGACAAGUCCCUGGUAGAUCGUCCGUGCUCC